GCUGGUACAUGACAUUGUCAUGUUCCAGAUCAUCCACAGGGUUCAAGGUCCAUUUCAAAGAUUCUGUGAAGGACUGAAAACGCUUGGGGUUCUGGAGAAAAUCCAAAGGCAUCCAGACAGCUUUCGUCCCCUGCUCUGUCAUGAGCCAAGCACACUGACUGCUGACCAGAUGGAUGAUGUUUUCAGCAUUUGGCUGUCUCCAGAAGGGAGCAACAAGAGAGCUGCUGAGGAGAUAGUCGUUACCUUCUGGAGAGACUAUCUCCAGGAUGCAGAGGAGGAAGAAGGGCCAUCCAAACUCCAAAAAAUAUUGGCCUUUGCAACUGGAGCAUCUGUGCUACCACCGAUUGGCUUCUCUCCAACUCCUUCCAUCCAGUUCAUCCAGAAGGAAGAUGACGACUUCUCCUCGACCCCAAUGUUCCCUGUGGCCAACACGUGUGUCAACUGUCUCAAGUUGCCACUACAUGUUUCAUAUCGGCUCUUUAAGGAGAAGUUCGACUUUGCAAUCGGAAACUCGUAUGGGUUUGGCAGGCCAUAAACAUAUAUGUCUUUGAAAAAGGAAUAAAAUGGAACUGUUCUUCCCCUCACACUGAUAUUUAUGGAAGCCCGUUUCCGCCACUGUGAUAACAAAAUUAAGAUCCUGUCAGUCAUAAUUAUGAGAUAGUAUCUCAUAAUUAUGACUUCACUAUCUCAUAAUUUCGACUUACGAUCUCAUAAUUAUGACUUAGCAUCUCAUAAUUAUGAGAUAGUAAGUUGAAAUUAUGAGAUAGUGUCUCAAAAUUAUGACUUCACUCAUAAUUUCGACUUACUAUCUCAUAAUUAUGACUUAGCAUCUAAUAAUUAUGAGAUACUAUCUCAUAAUUAUGACUUAGCAUCUAAUAAUUAUGAGAUAGUGAAGUCAUAAUGACUUGCAGGAUCUUAAUUUUUUUAUCACAGUGGCGGAAACGGGCUUCCAUAGAUAUUGCCUUAGGCAGUUACGUUAAAGUUAAAGUAU